AUGGUCGCGCCAGCUGUUCCCGAGUAUGUCUUCCCCUCGUUUACGUGUUCUAUCACUCGCUAUCAAUCGGCCAAUGGGCCCACUAUCAUUGACCUGCGACUGACCCCUGAAUGUUUCCCCAGGAUCUAUGAGGAGGAGGAGAACAUCUACGCCGCCGUCGAUGCCCGUUCCGAGUCCCUACAGAACCUCCGGGAAUUAGGUCCCCCGGACUUGGUUUAUCUGGUUAAACAGCCCAAGACCAACGCCCAUCACCAGACCGGCGUUUAUCACCAUGUCACCGGUGUCGACGCCUCUUCCUCCGCCAGCUUAGCCGCCUAUGUAAAUACGCUUACAUUCUCUCCGCUCGACAAGACACACAAGGUGGUUUCGGGGAUUUAUUGCUGCUACAAUGCCUUCUCCCACCUGGACAUGCGCGUCGAAGUCAAAAUCCCCGGCACUUUGGAGAGCUACUGCAUCGAUGAACGCGGAGACAAGCGAGUUGCGACAGAAGCCCUUUGGCUGGAGACAUUCCUGUGCGGAAUCCUGCGAGCCUACUCAUACGCGGACAAUGGUGGUGGCGAUGCUAUCAGAAAGAUAGUCGGGGUGCGUCGGUUCAAUCCGGUCACGAAUACGGAGAUGGAGCACAAAUUCCUGGAUGCUGCGGAGAGACUCUUCUUUUUGGGAAGACAACUCAGUUCGGAUCCGGAAACACAAGUCCCGAAUACUGUCAGCAACCACUUGACGUCCGGCCUUCUUAAGUACAUUCAAACAACAGGACGCUACACUUCCGGUAUCAAUCUUUUCGAGAAGCUGCGGACACGAGAUGUAGAGGUCUCGUCACUUCUUGCCCGAGUUCUAAUCAUGGCAGACGAGGAGGUGCAAGCCGUGCGAUUGAUGUUCGACGCCUUGCAAGAUGUUCCCAUGGACUAUGCCCUGCUUGACUGCCAGGCUGCUUUCUGCCAGGGCAAAAGCGAGGGUGAGAUGGCCCUAGAGUGUGCGAAGCGAGCAGUGACUGCUGCUCCAAGCGAGUUUAGCACUUGGGCACGAUUGGCAGAGGUCUACGUCGGCCUCGAGCAAUGGGAUUUGGCCCUCCUAACCCUGAACUCUUGCCCCAUGUUCACAUACCAAGACAAAGACACGCCUCGUAUGCCCCAACCGUCUCGCAUCAUGCUCCCGAUUCUUGCUGAGAGCAUGCUGGACGAAAUCGACGAAGGACAGCCCAAGCAGGGUGAUCCCCACGACUACGUCCAUCCCUCACUAAGAAGACUCCACGCUGCUGCCUACCAGGGAACCUUCCUAAAGGCGUACAACCUUCUCACCAAGAUUGCCGCCGCGAUAGGUUGGGACCAACUUUUGAAAAUCCGCAGCGAAGUCUUUGUCAUGGAAGAGGAAUACCGUGUCGAGCGCCAGCAGUCUACGUCUAAGCCCACAACCUCACCCUCCUCUGCAAGCACAUCAGACGAGCCAAAUGGAAACAGUGAGCAGGAGAAUGGUGCGACGCCGGAGGAGGGCGCAAACGGCACCAAAGACGAAGAAACGGAGCACUCCAUCGAGAAACCAGAGCAGUCAAUGGCAUCGGAAGUCGUCAAAUCCGGCAGCGAAGAUCCCGACCCCUCACACUCAUCCUACACACAGUUCCGCAACAAGCGUCUGUGCGAAAGAUGGCUCGAUAACCUCUUCAUGGUCCUGUAUGAAGACCUCCGCAUCUACACCAUCUGGCGCACCGAAAUGGCCCAGUACCGCCAACAGGCCAUUGAGUACAAGAAAUCCGCCACCGAAUGGGAAAUCCUCGGCGAGUUAGCCGAACGCCUGCACCAUUUCGACGAGGGUAUCGAAGCCUACCAGCACUGUCUGGCCAUCCGCUUCUCCCCGAAAGCCAUGCGGGGGCUCCUCAAGUUGUACGAGAAGAAGAAUGACACGAGAGGAAUGUUAGGCGCCUUGAUCCGUCUUAUCGCUUGGCAGUAUCGCUGGUACUCCGAGUUCUCUCCCGACCUUCUCUACCUAAUCCGCAAACUCAUCGAAGACGAAGGCGCUGUCAAAGUCCGGAGUAUAGUCCAAGCGACGAACCUUCCUCAACCGGUCCUUGAUCUAACCCAUCAGUAUUGCCAAUUGUGCGCCACAUUCCGCAGCAGCGGUAGUGAUGGUUAA